AUGGCAGGAAACUCGAGACGAACUGUGCAAUCACAAUCAACCUAUCUCAAGUUAUUCUUCUUGUUGUCGCUUUAUACAAGUGUAUCGAAUGCUAGAACGUGGAAUACAGUAAACCAAUUCGAUAUAAAUGGACGUGCUUGUCCAGCUGUAGUCAAAUACAACCAAAUCUGUCCCACUGUCUGUGUAGCUGAUAUUGCCGACUGUCCUGUUGAAGUAUACCCUCAAUGUCCAAGUGACAUGCAUUACUGUCCUAACGGGCAGUGUCAAUUCAUCGGUCAAGACUGUGAUACACAUUACGCGGAUGUCUGCUCAUGUCCAUACGGCUUCUACCCACCAGUACUGACAACAGCAACACUAUACCCAUGUCUCCGCUCAACAUUCAUUGUGAACGUGUCCGACUACCCACAAGAUGCAAUCACUGGUGAUGGACCUUUAUAUCAGACAUGUGCUGCACAUUUAGGUGUCAUGCCUGUUACUGUAGUCAAUAAUACGCCAAGUGCGUUCUUGAUGCAGUGUGCUCCACGCCCUGAUCCGGAUAUCAAUUGGAAUAGGAUUGAGUUUGUUGCGUUUUAUGUUUAUUUUGUGGGGGAGCUGGGAGUGCUUGUUGUGUAUGCGAUGUACAAGUUUUGGUGUGAGAUGAAAUACCAAACACCCACAAAACGAUACCGCAAACCUACCGAUGACAAUGACCUAACAGAUGUCGCUCUCGAAGAAUUAAUAUCGCCGCCAAACCCUGAAGAAUCGCUCAAUUUCAAGGGUUAUCGAUUUGACAGAUUUGGAUCUAUGGUGUAUCGGUCUGUGUCUGUUGCUACAGCGGCUUGGCUGAUCGUGCUAGCGGUCCUUGUAGCUGAUUAUUAUGGUCUGGUACCACGAUACUCGUACGCAGACUCUCAGAUGCUGUUUGUGAAUUAUGAGAAUUUAAGCAUUGCUUUUAUACUGUUGUGGCAUGUUGUCACUGUUUGGUUUCUGGUAUUAAAAACAUCAGACUCCAAACUACCCACGUAUUUCUCCCUCCGCUGUGACCUCUCCCUCGCAACUCUAAUCCACAUUGAGAAACGCAUCGAAACAGCAGUGUACCUCUCAUCCGAUACCUCCACAUUCAUGGAACGCAUCAAACUGCUCGAGAAACGCAUCCGUCGCAUAACUAAAACCGACGUCCUCGUCUCCGUAGUCCCCAUCAAAACAACUCCAUCGGGGCGCUCGUACUUUGAAUUCGAGUGUGUGAGAUACGUGUAUGAUUCCAAGGAUAACAAUUUUGAGGUUGUUGGAUUCGCGACUGGGAAUAGUGGAAGUGAUUUUAUUAGGCAAGGCGUUGGUCUGAAGAGUACUAGUGCGAGUGAUAGGUUGGAGUUGUGUGGGUUCAAUGAGGUGUCGUUUCCAGAGGCUAGCUGGAGGGAUGCUCUUGUCAAAGAGUUUUCUGGUUGGAUGUAUAUAUACCAGAUGAUGUUGAUUUGGGUUUGGUUUUAUUACGCAUACUACUACAUGGCCGCAGUCCUAUGCCUCAUAAUCGGUUCCUCAGGUCUCAUCAAAGUCUAUUUCGGCAUCCUCUCACACCGCCGCGUCCGUGAAAUGGCCACCUUCGAAGGUCUCGUCCGAGUCAAACGGAACGGCAAAUGGACUGACAUUCCCACUACCGAUAUCGUGCCGGGAGACGCAAUCGAAAUCAAACAAGGUGUGCUUCCCGUUGAUGCAGUGCUUGUCGAAGGCGGUGUGGUCGUUGACGAGUCGAGUUUAACUGGUGAAGCAUUACCUGUCGUAAAAUAUGCUAUUCGUGGUGAUGUGAUGUAUGAUGAGAUGGGAGCUGGGAAAGUGAAUACGGUUUUCGCGGGAUGUAGAGUGCUGCAACUCCAGGAUGAUACAAACAUUGCUAUCGUGACACGAACAGGCGCCAUGACUUGCAAAGGACGUCUUGUACGCGAUAUCCUAUACCCAACCGCCAUCUCAUUUAUAUUCUACGAACACCUCAAAAUCGUGUUUCCGGGACUCAUGAUAUGGGGUACUGUAAUGCUGUGCUUGUCUAUAUGGAUGCUGGGAGCUAGUUCAGUAGAUGCAUGGUUUUACGGAAUGUUUACCGUGUCGCAGGUAUUGUCGCCACUAUUGCCUGCUGUGCUUGUAAUUGGACAGAGUGUUGCGUCAGAACGGUUGAGGAAAGAUGGAAUUAUUGUAACGGAUUUGGCGAGGAUUACGCUUGGUGGGAAGGUUAAGAUUAUGGCGUGGGAUAAGACUGGAACUUUGACUAGAGAAGGCCUAGACUUCCUGGGUAUACAACCCAUCGAUAAACUCAAAUCAUCAAACGAAGCAGGCCAGCCCCACCUCCCAGGCUUUGGUCCCGUCCUCCGAGAAUUCGUCACCUUCCCAACCAAUGACAUUCGUCGUGCAAUGCUCACAUGCCACUCCGUCUCCCAAAUCAAUGACUCCCUCGUCGGUAAUUUCGUAGAUGUCGAAAUGUUUAAAUCCACUCGUGCACGAGUGCAACAUGAUACCCAUACUGCGGCCGGCAAGACGAUAAUCAUACCAUCAGCACCUAUUGAUCCGAUACUGUCUAUUGAAAGGAGAUUCGAGUUUAAUCAUCGGGACGCUUACAUGUCUGUUGUUGUGAGAGAUACUGUUACGAAUCAGUUGACUGUGUAUCUGAAAGGCUCAUAUGAGAAGAUUGGCAGCAUGAUAACACCAUCAUCAAUCCCAUCCACGUAUACAACCACAGCACAACACCAUUCACGAGACGGGUGCUACGUGCUCGCUAUCGCAUCAAAGACACUCCCACCGAACUAUACGUUAGACCAACUCGACCAUGCGACACGGGACGAUUUAGAAGCUGGUGCAUCGCUAGUUGGACUGCUCUUGUUUAGGAAUGAGUUGAAAGAUGAUGCCGUGGAAGGUUUGAAGGAGUUACGGGAUGGUGGGAUACGAUCUGUUAUGAUUACGGGCGACAAUGUGGAUACUGCUGUGCACGUUGCACGUCGUGCGGGACUUGUUGGUGGUGGUGAUGGAGACGGAGAUGGAAGGGAGAGAGGGUUAGUUGUUAUUGGGGAUUUGAAGGAUGAGAAGGGACACGCUGGUGUAGCAUGGUAUAACGCAGACGAUGAUCAGCCACUUGAUUUAAAUCAAUUGGAAGCACUACUACGAGUGUCUCGUGCUGGUACAUCUGCACGGCCUGUUGAAUUGGCUGUUACCGGCCCAGCGUUUAAUUUUCUAGUUGCUGAUGGACGAGCGCAAUCGUACCUUCUCGACAUCCGCAUAUUCGCACGCAUGACACCCCCAGACAAGGUCCGCGCCAUAAAGCUCCUCCAAUCCCUCGCCAUAACAGCCAUGUGUGGCGACGGUGGCAACGACGCCGGAGCCCUCAAAGCAGCACACGUCGGACUAGCUCUAACAACCGACUCGGAAUCAUCCGUCGUGGCCCACUUUUCAGCUAAAUCGAAAUCACCAAUGGCUGCUCCUAUGUUGAUCAGAGAAUGUCGUGCUGCUCUGUCGACCAGUUUCGCAAGUUACAAGUAUCUGAUUGUGUAUGGAGAGGUGCUGGCUGUUAUGGGGUUGAUUCAGUAUUAUUUUACGGUUAAUAUGAGUCAGUGGCUGUGGAUUCUGGUUGACGGGAGUACGGCGCCGUUGGCGUGGGCGUUGACCACGUCGCGGCCCGCGAGGAAGUUGGGGAAGGAUAGGCCUACUGCGCGACUGCUUGGUCCAGAAACAAUCCUGUCUGUUGUUGGUCAAAUAUCCAUCGACUUCAUAUUCUUAAUAAUCUCAAUCACGCUACUCUCUGUGCAAGGAUUCUACUAUUGUCAUAUGUUUGAUGGACGCAAUGUGGAUAUCAGAAGAUGGUGGGAGCUUGCUGAUAAUUAUGAGGCCGAAGUAACAGGUCUCGUGGGCGUCUUCCAAAUAGUGCACUCAGCAGCCGUAUUCAAUCUCGGAAGUAAAUUCCGACAACCAUUCUACAGGAAUUGGAUUUUCCUAGUGAUCUAUACUGUGAUUAUGUUUGUCAUUGCAUAUGUCACGCUUGCGGAUCCUAAUCCAUUGGGAUGCCUGCUGCAUGUGAACUGUGGGACUCCUGCUGCUCUCACACAACUGGGAUACACGUCACAGCCAUGGAUGCUAGGUGAAUUCCACUCCGCAUCAGGACAUAACGUAUUACCGACAUCGUUCAGAUGGACGUUAUUCGUUAUAAUGAUUGUGAAUGGAGUUGCUACGAUGCUGUUUGAAGGGUUUGUUAUGCUGGGGCCUAUCAGAGGGUGGGCGAGGAAGAGGUUUCCUCAAAAACGUGUGCAUGUGAGAGUUUGA